CCAGUCGUGAUUAAUGUARAUGUAGAAUGUGUAUAGAAUAUAGAUAAACAUUAGGUAAAUCAAUGAGUCGAGUCAAGUGAGUUAAUUUACUGAUUAGAGUGUCAACGGUAGUUAUUAUUAGCCAUCAACAAGACAACAACUUGAACAACUACAGACUACAGUCAACAAGCAGCCAACAGCCGCAUAGGCAUAGUUGUAUAGAUUUCAUUACCAUUAUCGCAUCCGGUCAUCGAUCAUUUGCCUUUUGCCGACAUYAGAACUCUUAAUAUAAUAUUUUUCCACUAUGACGAGAUAUUUUAAUGUUGAUAUUGAUAAUAUAACCACAGAUUAUGAAUUAGCAUACCAAAAUUCAUAUGAAAACUUUACCGAUGAAAUAAAAAGRUUUGAUGAUGAUAUACUGAAAUUAUACUCACAGGACAUAGAUAAAUACAGCAAGACAUUAAAAAAUCUCACGGAUGUAAAUAACAAAAUUAACCAGAGCCGUGAUACACUACAGCACAUAUCUGAYAAAGUCAAAUGUGAACAACAGAUAUUGCAAACAGAAAACGAUCGCUUGGAGUCUAUUAAUAAUGAAUGUAAUAGUUUGGAAGUUACAGAACUUGAGUUGAAUGAUGUGAUCAAUAAAACCAAAGAGCAACUCACCCAAGUAUAUAAAGAAAAAAAAGCAAGCAUAAAAAAACUUAAAAGAGAAAUAAAUUCAUUCAGAACUGGAGUAAACAUGUAUGAGCGAUUUUUACAGUUGAAGAUGAAUAUUGAAAGUAAUGAAAUAAAUACCAUUAUCAAUAUUAACAUGAAAAAUGUAAAAAAUAAUUCAGAUUACAAAAUCAUUUUUGAGGAAAAUGAUAACAAUUUCAAAGGCAAACGAGACGGAUGCGUUUAUAAUGGACCGGUGGCUGGGAGUGGUGAACGAGCCACCGUGCCCCCAGUACGAGUUCGGUGA